CUGCCUUGGUGAGACGAGAAAAAAUGUGACUGUGCUUCUUCGAAUGGCGAACUGAAAAUUGCAAAAUUCACCAUCCAUUGCAUAGUAUGACUGUCGCGUUCAACCUUACAUCGUAGCAGCAGCAGCAGUGAAACCAGCAGGCCGCGAAAAUCGCGCUAAACUGUGUGAACGCCUAACAUCCGAGGAUUUUUCUUCCAACCCAUCCGCAAAGUCAUACGGGCCGCCGGGGCAGACAGAAAGAAAGGCAGUGAAAAGCAGGUGGUGCGUGCCUAUCGUGUGUGAACACUCGCCAGCGAUCCCAGCAACCUGCCCCCGCCGAGCAGCUAGAGCCAAAAAUUGGACCAUCCAAAUCCGGUCGUCGUCGAGUAGCGAGAAGGCAAGGAAAACCCAGCAUCAGCCGGCCGCCAUUUGCUUGGCUCGAAGAGCAGAAGGAAAAGUCAUCGGCGAACGGGACGGAAAAAGGGGUGCAUUUGCAAGAUCCGGGCCGCGCGAGUUAACUAAUUAGCAGACGGCAAAAUGGCUGACCAGCAGGCAGCGGGUGUGGUGGAGCAACAGCAGCCAGCGCCGGCCCCGCAACAACAGCAACCGGCUGCCACACAACAACAACCGGCGCCGCAGCAAACCGAGCAGCAACCUCAGCAGCCGCAGCAACAACAAUCGCCUGCACAGCAGCAACAACCGCAACAGCAGCAGCAGGGUGGAGGCGACUCGAACCAGAAGGCGGCCGCUGCGGCUGCCGCUGCAGCCCAAACGCAGAAGGAAAUCAUUGCGACGAAGGUGACCGGCGUAGUGAAAUGGUUCAACGUGAAGAGCGGCUACGGGUUCAUCAAUCGGGGCGACACGCUGGAGGAUGUGUUCGUGCACCAGUCGGCCAUCGCAAGGAACAACCCGAAGAAAGCGGUCCGCUCGGUCGGCGACGGCGAACAGGUUGAGUUCGAUGUAGUGAUCGGCGAGAAGGGCAACGAGGCGGCCAAUGUAACCGGACCGUCGGGCGACCCGGUCAAGGGCAGCCAGUAUGCGGCGGAGAAGCGGCGCGGCUACCGGCACUGGUGGCAGAAGCGCGGUGGUCGCCGCCCGGGAGCACCCCGCUCGAAGGACGGCCAAGCUGAGGGAGGGCACGGUGAUGGCCAGCAGCAGGGAGAAGACGAGCAGCCGAUCCAGCAGGUGCAGCAACAGAAUCAGCAGGGUGGUCAGCAGGGUGGUGGCGGCGGCGGUGGCAGCGGUGGCGUUCAACACAACCAGCAGUCGAACAAGAACCAUCAGCAUCCACAGCAACACCCGCAGCAGCACCAGCAGGCGCGGCGCUAUCGGCCACGCGGUCGCGGAGGGUACAGUUCGUACAAUCCUCGCAUUGCCCGUGGGGAUAGAAUGUCGAAGCCGGGUGGCUACGUGCAGGACGGCCGCGUCUACUACGAGAUUCCGUGGGAUGAAACUCCCCGUGGACAGGGCGCCCCGAGUCGCUUCUUCCGCCGCAACUACCGCAGCGGAGGCCGUGGAGGGGCCAUGGGAGGUCCGCCGGGACCGCGCCGCGGUGGCCACCGCCCGAACUAUCAGCCCGAUUACCAGCAGCAGCACCAACAGAACGACCAGUCCCAAGAGCAGCAGCAGUCGCAGCAACAACAGCAGCAGAUGGUGCCACGUCGCGGCGGUGGCAUUCAGGGACGGGGCGGUGCUCGCGGUCGGUUCCCGCGCCGUGGACGUAAUCCGCAGCGCCCGCGUUACGAUGCGAACAUUAACAACACCGCCGUGCAGAACACGACUACCGAAAGCGCGGCAUAAGUGCGCCGUGCUUGAAGGUUAUGUCUGUGCUCUCCUGUUCACCGGUCAACACCACCUAGUAGGCGAUGCGGCGAAGGAUCAAGAUCUGUCCUUCGCUAUUCGACCACAGCAAACCUACGACCGGUGGACAGUGAUGGACACAGACACGCACGAUCAUCACCGAAGAGAAGAAACAGUGGAAAAGGAUAUCCCGCGGGCUACAGAAGAACAUUGCGCCGCUAGCAUACACCGAGCUCUCGAAUCCUCCUAAGAAUAGAGAGAGAGAGGGCGCAAGGAAAACCAUCUAUCGCAAAUGAAAAUCACUCCAGCAAAACCGAGGAAAUCCAAGGAACCAGAAUAUGCAUCGAGCGACGAACACCGUUCGCCUUCACCAUCAUUCUGCUAGCACAGGAUCGAAACAUCCGGAUCCUGGCAAGGGGAGCAUCCACGCACGUAAGUACCGUACGAUUUGCGUUUCAUCGUGUUCGCCGCCAUACCGACUGAGCCGGCCGCGUGUGUGUUUAGAUGCGUACGAAAAAGAUCUGUGUGUUUCAGUUGAAACCGCACGUUGAUCACGAGGAAAAUGGAAAAGCCCCACAGUCGCGUCAACUGCAAUGGAAAACCCGAACCAUACGGACGUAUCUCAUUUUCGCGGCUCGGUGUUUGUGGGAAAAUGGAGUAAAAUGUAGAGGAGUGAGGGCCAGUAAAGAAGCAGAAGUUCGGCCCAAGCGCAAGGUAGUAGAUAGCAGAAGAAUGAGCGAGAGCGAGCAGGAGAGGAAUAUUAACAGCAAGAGAGAGGACGUGUUUCACUGAAGAAUAGUAACGAUUUAAUAAUAAUACACAUUGCAUUGAUUACAACCAAUAUGAAAUGAAACGAUAAUCCUUUAUUAUAACACAAGAAGCAAGCAAACAAACAAAAAAACACGCAAACAAGUAAAACCCCAACCAAAAGCGCCGCAACCCAUUCAGAAGAAGCGAUUCGAUAGAGGGGUAUGAUCUUGGAAGCCAAUUUCAGGCCGAAAAACCGUUUCCCUCGACAACAAAAAAACCGUGAAGCAGGAGGUCUCGUGGAGAAGAUUUUGGCAAAAGAAGGUAUGGGCAAACAAGAACUGCCCUAUCUUAUCACGAAAGGUGGGAUUAAUUGAAGCGAGUCCAACUACAUUGCUGUCCCCGUUGGCUCUGCAUCGGCACGUAGCGUCGAUAAUGAAGCGCAAGCUUGAAAGACAGCAGAGGGCCCCAGCGGCAGCAUAUAAUAGCACGGUAACCGCAGCCACAGCAAACCACCGCAAGGAUGGAGCUGACGGUGCUUGGCAGAAGGAGUGAGUGUAUUACAUAUGACACUAAUAUACUAAGUACACCCGGGGUGUAGGCCCACGAUCCUCGAUUGAACAGUUUGGGUCAGUAGUAAGCGUGAGUACGAGUUUUGAGUAAUAACCACAAGUUUUCUGAAGUUUUUCUUUGUUUUCUAACAAGCGUAGACAGACCGGUUGCGCCGGAGCACACCAAGGUGUGCUCACGCGCCUCCUGGCUGACACCGGGGCAGAAUACGGAAGCGGAGGUGUGGGCAAAAGGAGGGAGGAAACGGGCGCACAGACAGGCCGGAAGUUCCGCUCGCUGUUCAAAACAUGCGCUGAAUGGCAAUGCUUUAGAAGGGAUGUGAAUACAGCUCCAUCGCUCUUUGGCAGAUAAAACGGUAACGAUAAGACGCGAGAUAGAGAGAAAAAGGAGAUAUACGAAAGAGUUGAGUUAUCUUAGGUCCAUCGUUGUUUUUUUUCUUUUGCCACCCCUUUCUAGAGCACCAUUUUGCGGCACGUUCGUUUGGCCUUGUUUUUGUUUUGAACUUUUAACAAAUAUUUACUUUAUUAUUUAUGAUAUUUUAUUCCUUGUUCCUUAAUUAGCCAUCGGCAAAGGCUGAAAUGAUUUUUAACAUAUUCGUCCGUUGAACAUUUGACUCCUUUUGUGACCCCAUGAUCAGCGUCCUGCGCACGCACCUCUGCCGGUUUAUGUGGGGAGAGAAUUCCUAUCGGUCGUAUCGCGCACCGGUAUACCCAAAGUGCACGCGUGUGUGCGCUUUGGAGUCCUUAUAGAUGUGGACGUGCUGCUGAGUGCCGCUUGUGCACCGUUGCUCGCUGACGGGUUUUAAUCGUUCUCGAAAAUAGCAUCUCACAACUCCCCAAAAAUCCGGUGGGGCGGUGGAAAAAAGAAAAGCGAACUCGGUUUCGUGUAUUUUUAGCAUUUCGUGGAGCCGCACCGGUUGGUCGGUCCCCUGAUACUUUACUUUGUUGUGCAGUCAACGGCCAACGGUGCACGGAGAGUGCCGCUCGUUUCGAUCUUGAGUAGCGGCACAGCGGCGACCGAUCCCGAUGUUUGGUAGUACACUUAUUGCGCAGAACGACCCGAUAGAGUUUCUAUGCCCUCUCCCUGCUAAAUCAUCCGGCCACCAGGAGCGGCCGGCAUUUAGAUUCUAGGUUGAAUUUGUUGCCCUGUUUGUGAACCGCGUUUCCAUUGCUUUCUACCAUAGAUAUAGUACCGAUUUACUGUAAACGGAGGAGGAAAAAUUAAUUAAUCAAAUUUUCAAAUUAUUGAUAAACUACAUUUAUCGACCGUGUAAGAAGCUCUACAACAAAUGAAAAGGAUACGGCAAAGGCGAAAAUCCCGGGCCUGUGUUCGGUGCAAGAAGCAUAGCGCCGUACACCAAAGGCCCGCUUCAGCGUUCCUCCGGAUGAAGGAAUGGGGCUUCGGGAUUUGAGAACGCACUGAUGGUAACAGGAAAUACGAAGAAAGGAGUAACAUCGGUAUAACAUUUAAUGUUUUAUUCUCUGGAUAUUGCCGUACACAACAUAAAAAUGAAACCAAUAGUUUUAACACACUUGACCCAUGGCGGAUAACUUAUCUGUUUCAGCAAUUUCACAAUGAAUAAUAGACAUACAAACACGAAAAUGAGACGAAGAAAAGUCAAAUAUGAAGCGGACAACAACAUAUUCAAACGAAGUAACAACUACAAAAACUUGGGAAUGAGCUGAGAAAUAGUAAUACAAGGCAAAAGGAAUGAUUAAAAGGCAAACAAAAGCUAUUGAGAAACUCUUAAGUAAGGAAUCCAUAAAAACCAACAACACAAUGUACUAGUUAUAAUAUGCGUGACCGGCUGAGAGGAGGAGUAAAGGAGAGCGGUGUCGCCAAGCAAAGUAAACUCUAAAAGCACCUAUAAAACUGGGGAACACGGUUUGUCUGUGCGAAUCGAGGACGAGCUAGAGGGCAGAGAAUGCGUGAGGGAGCGAAGAGAGGGCCUGGAACGGAAAAAGGGACACUAUUAUGAAUAACAGUAACGAUAUUAAUAACAAUAAUGCAAUGUAGUGUGAACGCCACUUAGAGAAGAAGCAUGGACGUACUUGAUCCAUAGAAAGAGAAAGAGAGAGAGAGUCACUUUAUGUGUGGUUUAAAACCAGAAACAAGACACAAAACACCCAAUACCCAACCAUAAAUGGCCGAAAUGGAUGAUGGUGUGGUUUGAACAUCGUAAGAACAUAAGUGAACACGUUUAAAGUAAAAACCACACACAAUAACACACGUAGAAAAAAGCAGUCAAUAAGACCCAUUUAGUAAUGUUUAAGCAUGAUCAAGCAACGUUAAAAGAAGCAAAAGCAAACAAUACACACACACGCGAUAACACGCGGUCGGCGGCAGUAGAACCUCGGGAGUGAAAUCACAAAUCCAUUGCUGGAGUGCCAAAAGCAUAAGAUCCCAACCAACGAUGCUUUUAAGGAGGAUUCGAGAAGCGAGAUGAGAUAAACGACCAUCAAAUCAGUAGGGCGAUUGUAAACCAAACGGCAGCAGCCACCAACAACAACAGCAGCAAAGAUGACGCUAGAAUGUUUCUUGUAGUCGAUGGCGCGACACGAUCAAACCAUCGGCUCUCUCCUAGAAACACUCGCACGGGAGAGAAGAUGGUGCGCUACUGACUACGCAAGUGAAGAACAACGGAAACAAUGUCGAAACUUGUGAAACAUAACCCAGAAAAAAGACGAGAAAAAGUAAUAAAAAAAUCGAAAAAUUUUG